CGGUGAUGCGAAGGCAGUGUGACAUAACUAAAGGUUCAAUUUGUAAUUGUCUCUUCUAUCGAUCUCCCAAUUUCUCCGCUCCUCCUCCCCCGAACAGUAGGCCGGCGGCGGCGGCGGCGGCCACGCCGUAGACUCCGCCUUCUUCCCAGCCAUCUGGUGGCUCUUUCUCCGCAGACGUCGAGCGCUUCCAAUCGCCGCUGUUCCCCUUGGCCGUCGUCCUCCGCUGCAUCGGCCGCCGUCGGGUACCCCAUCCCCGACUGUCGUCCCCACCCCGCAGACAGAAGACAGGGGAAUUUGGGAUUUCAGCCACGAGCCUCCCCAAAAGCAAGUUCCAACCCAGAAAAGGAGGGCCUUGUUGCUACGGAAGUCCCCAUGGCAGCUGCAACUGGCUAUGAUGGCCCGAAUGAUGAGCAGUUGCAUGCGUAUGCCGACCUAAGUUAUGCUCACCAACCAUUCUACGGGAGCAAUCUGGUGGAGGUUUUUGCCGUGCGUGUCCCUGAUGCAGCCGCCUCCUCCCGAGGAAACAGGCUGCCGCCUUGUGGCAUAGUCGAUGUUGGUGGCGCCUAUUGCUCUGUGUCUCUGGUCUUCAGCAGGAUCCACCAUGACGACUCCAUCACUCCACAACCUUGCGAUUGGCAGGGCAACCUUGUGCUAACUGGUCCAGGAAGAGCCAUCUCAGCAGAUGGACCUAUCGGGUUCAGCAUUUAUCUCCAUGACAAUAGCCAAGAUAUCUCUGUUGAAGAAAUCUGGAACAAGAGCGUGCAUUUACACCUGGAGACCCCAACAUUGGACAGGCCCCUAUUAGAAACUGCCAAUACUCCUUAUGGUCCUGUGGAGGUGAUCUAUGCCAUCCUGAGCCAGGGAGUUGAAUGCAAAGUUGCUGUGAGGCUUACUCAUUGCGAUGUAAAAGAUCCUAUCAGCCUUUUUGGGAGAAUUGUCGCUCGCAGCGAGCUGUUUGAUAUCGGCUGCGUGCUUUUCUACAACGAAGACGUGAAGGGCAUAUGUGCACGAUCAGGAGAGCUGACUCCCUUAGCUAGACAUCAGCUUGCGGUGCCAUUGUACAAGGUACUGGUAAUUGAAAUAGAUCUGCACUCUGAUUGUGGUGACGAGAUUAUGAGAGGCACACUAGAGUUUCAUCCCUUGCCCGAAGGCGAUCAAACAGGGCGUCUUAUCAGCAAGAGUGGUACUCAAAUUGAAGUGAAGAUCUUCAUUACAGAAUACUUUAGGUAGUGUAUUCCUUGCUCAGCUGGGUCACUUUAACAACAUAUAUAUGAUCAAGACUCUGGAUGCCUGUGUGCCCAGUCCCUUGUGUUGUACUACUACACAAGCUUCUUCUAUUCCCAUAUUACUUCCAUUAUCAGGCCAAAGGUAAAAAUGUUUGCACAGUGACAGUAUCCUGUCGCUGAAUGAUAAUAUAUAAUCUGAUGAAAUUCGA